AUGGAAACGCAACAGACAUUCGGAUCGACGGCUGGACAUAUCGCGUUUCCCGGCGCGCACGUCGAAACCGGUGGAACGUUAAAUGUGACAGUUUCCAACAGUCGCCCGCCACCGACGGUUGCCCGACCCCAUUUCGUGGUUCCUUUCAAGCAAAAUAAGGAAGUCAUUGAUCGCCCAGAUAUUUUUGUCAAACUCGACGACCUGCUCCCGCCCGUUGACGAAUACCAAUGUGCGGCGCUCUGGGGUCUUGGUGGGUCUGGCAAAACCCAAAUAGCACUCGAGUUUGCCUACCGCCGUUUCUACGACAACAAAUGCCCCGUUUACUGGGUCCACGCAGACAACGAAGCGACGUUCACGCAAGGCUAUGAAGUGCUUGCAAGACUAGCUGGUGUGACUGACAAGCAAGGCCAGGAGCUACUAGUGGCUGUGCGCGAGUGGAUAGAGGCGCAAGAAUCUUGGCUUCUCGUCGUCGACAACGCAGAUGAUCUCAGCAUCUUCGGUGUUGGAUCAAACAUGUCAAUUACUCGGAAAUCGAGUGGUGAAGCCUGUUUGAAUGACUACAUACCACAGGCGCCUUACGGCACGGUGCUCUGGACAAGCCGUGACAAGAGGAUUGUGGAUAUUGUGGGCUCUCGCCAGGCAAUUGAGGUCAGCCGUAUGACAGUUAAAGAGGCUACUGCACUAUUUGAGGCCUCGAGUAACGAAAACAUUGCAGUUGAGGAUAAGCUCACCGUCUCUGAGUUGUUGAUACAACUAGACCACCUUCCCCUUGCCGUUUCUCAAGCUGCUGCAUACAUCCGCCGAACAUCUACACCAGUUUCAGAAUACCUCUCGAGGCUGCGGGAAGGUAAAAAGAGGUGGAGACUUUUGCAGAGAUCAGAACACGAUCGGCAUCGUCGACGCGAAGUCCCAAACAGCAUCCUGGAAACAUGGACCAUUUCGAUGGAACAUUUGAAGCGGGAGAACGGCGCUGCAUACCGGAUUCUUCUUGUUCUUGCGUAUGUUCAUAACCAAAAUAUUCCGGAAAGUCUUAUUCGGGCUGCCGCUCUGGAAGACUGCAGAGACGACACAAACGACACAGACGACACAGACGACACAGACGAUGCGGACGACGCGGACGACGCGGACGAAGAUGAUGAUAGCGAAAUCUCCACCGACGACAGUUCAUAUGCAGAAAGUGAAACUGACUCGGAUGACAACAACGAUGCGUUUACUGACGCAUUAACUCGUCUGAGAGAGUUCUCCUUUCUAUCUCCACAGAAACAGGGAUCCGAGUUGGCUGAAAAGACGUACAAGAUGCACAAACUUGUCCAGGAUGCAGCACGGUAUAGCAUGAACCAGAAAGGACGCUUACAUGAGGCCGCUCGAUAUGCCAAGGAAGCACUCAAUCUUGUGCUAUUUCUUUUUCCGCCAAGCCAGCCUGGCAAAUGGGAGAAGACUGAAUUAUGGCUUCCCCAUGCAUUGCAGGUCAGUGACUGGGCCGAAUUAUGCAAAGCUGGCACAGAUUCAGAGACAGUGAACCUGUUAAGUCAAGUUUCAGGUUUUCUACUUGACCGCGGGCGAUGGAGAGAGAAAGAAACGGUGGAUACGAAGGCGUAUGCAUUAAGCAAGCGAGCACAGGGUGAUGGACACCCGGUCACUUUAGAAACCAUGCAUAAUCUGGGAAUCACAUACUCUAGCCAAGGGCGAUAUAGUGAGGCAGAAAAGAUCAUUAGAGAAGUACUAAAGCUACGCCAGGAGAUUCUCAGCGAGAGACACCCAGAUACUCUCGCCAGUAUGGCUAGUCUUGCAGCAACAUACCAUAGCCAGGGGCGGUAUAGCGAAGCAGAAGAGAUCAAGAGAGAAGCACUAACGCUAUAUCAAGAGGUCCUAGGCGAGAGGCACCCAGAUACUCUCGCUAGUAUAGCUAGUCUUGCAGCAACAUACCAUAGCCAGGGGCGGUAUAGCGAAGCAGAAGAGAUUAGGAGAGAAGUACUAAAGCUAUAUCAAGAGGUCCUAGGCGAGAGGCACCCAGGCACUAUUAAUAAUAUAGCUAGCCUUGCAGUAGUAUACCAUAGCCAGGGGCGGUAUAACGAGGCAGGAGAAAUCAAGAGAGAAGCACUAAAGCUAUAUCAAGAGGUCCUAGGCGAGAAGCACCCAGAGACUCUCGCUUGUAUAGCUGAUCUUGCAGCAACAUACCAUAGCCAGGAGCGGUAUAGCGAAGCAGAAGAGAUCAAGAGAGAAGCACUAAAGCUAUAUCAAGAGGUCCUAGGCGAGAGGCACCCAGAGACUCUCGCUAGUAUAGCUAGUCUUGCAGCAACAUACUAUAGCCAAGGGCGGUAUAGCGAAGCAGAAGUGCUCGAGAGAGAAGCACUAAAGCUACGUCAAGAGGUUCUAGGCGAGAGACACCUAGAUACUAUUACUAGUAUGACUGGCCUUGCAGUAAUAUACCAUAGCCAGGGGCGGUAUAGCGAAGCAGAAGUGCUCGAGAGAGAAGCACUAAAGCUACGUCAAGAGGUUCUAGGCGAGAGACACCUAGAUACUAUUACUAGUAUGACUGGCCUUGCAGUAAUAUACCAUAGCCAGGGGCGGUAUAGCGAAGCAGAAGUGCUCGAGAGAGAAGCACUAAAGCUACGUCAAGAGGUUCUAGGCGAGAGACACCUAGACAAUAUUACUAGUAUGACUGGCCUUGCAGUAAUAUACCAUAGCCAGGGGCGGUAUAGCGAAGCAGAAGAGAUCUUGAGAGAAGCAAUAGAGCUACGUCAAGAGUGA